CACUUGAGGUUUGUUGAGGAGAGAGAGAGAGAGAGAGAGUUAAGAGAGAUAGAGAUGGACGGGAGAGGCGGUUGUUGUAUAGCGAGGUAUGGGGGAGGUGGUGGCGUUUAUGAUAUGUCGAAGCUGGAUAGAAUAAUGCUGAGAUUCCGUCCAAUCGCUCCGAAGCCGGUUGGAGGGUCAGUCUCCGGCGGAUCUACACCGGAGAAUAGCGAGAACUGUAGAAGGGGAAAGAGAUCAAGGUAUGUGAGAGACAAGCGGUGCAAUAACAGAAAGCGGAAGGCUUCUUCUCCGCCUGAUAAGAAGAAAGGUGCUGUCACUACUCUGUCGCUGUUGCCGGAGAGUCCGGAACCUAAGUACUCUCCGGAAGAGCGUAGCUCAGCCACGUGGCCGAGCUUCGAGAUUUUUCCCGGGAAUACCGGUCCGGAGUAUAAGGUGGUGAACAUGCCGGCUUUGCGGCCGGUGAGAGUGGUCGAGUCGUACGUGACGGUGGACUGCGUCACCGAUACGUGGGUGGAAGGAGCAGGACUGGGGUUUACCGACGAGGAGAGGAGGAUGAGCCUGGAGACGGACACGUGUCCGGGGUUCUUAUCGGACGGUUAUUGUAGGGUUGUUUGGACGAACCGGGCGUACAGAAGCAUGGUGGGUCAGGCGAACGAGACGGAUGAGGUGACGGUGUGUCUGGUGGUGAAGGAGACGGCGUCUGUGAUGGCGGUGGCCUUCGCUCACCCGGCGUUUACGUGCAGAGUGAGAGUGCAGUACACGUGUGGAUCCAUCACGCUGCCUUGUGACGUGUGGAGAAUGGAGGGAGGCGGGUUUGCGUGGCGGUUGGACGUGAAAGCUGCGCUGUGUCUGGGCCGGUAUAGCACCAAAGCCGUAUGAACCUUCUUCCUAAACUGACCAAGAGUAACUAGUGGCUAAGCUUUCGGCGUUUUAAUAAUCUGUGAAUAUGUUUGAUUCUGUUCCUCCACGUUGAUUCUGCUUUGUUUAUCUCCUGGGUUGCUUAAAUUUUUGUUUAUAUGUAUAUACAUGCGGUGAUGAUAAUGAGAAGCAGAUUUGAAUAUUUGAUUUCAUCA